UGAAAUAUUACCUUCACAAGUAUGACACUAUAGCCCACCCUAUGAAAAAUACACAGAAAUAGUUGAGAUUUAUCAAGAUGGCGGCGGUGAAAUUUGCUUCGCACUUAAAAGAAUUAAGAAUUCUUUUAUGUCAAACAUCGAAGUCCAGUCAAGGUGUCAGGGACUUUAUCGAACAACAAUACGUAUCAAUGAAGAAGAAUAAUCCAAAAUUCCCCGUCCUAAUAAGAGAGUGUUCUUUAAUUGAACCAAAAGUAUAUGCCCGCUAUGAACUUGGUAAAGAAUGCUGCAUCCCUUUGUCUAAUCUAAAAUCGGAUGAAGUUCUUGCAAAGAUACAGCAAGUUGCAUCUAGUAUACCAUGAACCAGUACAAAUUUGUUAUAAUCAUGUACUAUAAUUUAUUUAGUUAUGAAAGAAAAUAGCUGUACAAAGAGAAUAAUAAUCUAUAAUUAAGUA